AUGUCUGGCCGUCGAGAUUUCUUGAGCCAGCCGGCUCCAGAAAACUAUGUCGCUGGUCUGGGUCGAGGUGCCACGGGGUUCACCACCCGCUCUGACCUGGGGCCGACCAGAGAGGGACCCAGCGAUGAUCAAAUGAAAGAGUUGCUCGCCAAGCGCGCAGCACAGCUAGGAUUGGCCCCCGAGGGAAAGAAGGGCGCCGACGAUGAGGCCGAAGACGAGGACCGAUACCAGGACCCGGACAACGAGGUCGGGCUGUUCGCGGGCGGCGUCUACGACAAGGACGACGAGGAGGCCGACAAGAUCUGGGAGUGGGUGGAUGAGCGCAUGGACCGAAGGAAAAGACAGCGCGAAGCUCGGGAGAAGGCCGAGCGCGAGGAGUACGAGCGCAACAACCCAAAGAUCCAGCAGCAGUUCACCGACCUGAAGCGUUCGCUGGCGACCGUUUCGGACGACGAGUGGGCAAACUUGCCCGAGGUUGGCGACCUGACAGGGAAGAACCGGAGGAGCAAGCAGGCGCUGCGGCAGCGUUUCUACGCCGUGCCCGACAGCGUGCUCGCCGCCGCCAGGGACUCCACGGAGCUGGGCACAACUGUAACGGACGACGGCGCUGGAUCCAGCACACGGGAUUCCUCAGAUGGCACGAUGACCAACUUUGCGGACAUUGGCGCAGCACGCGACAAGGUGCUCAAGUCCAGGCUCGAGCAGGCGUCGCAGAGUGCAGGAUCGGACUCAAUCUCGGGAAGCGCUAGCACCAUCGAUGCCCAGGGUUACAUCACGAGCUUGAACAAGAUGCAGAUGUCGGAAGCGCAGGUCCAGGUCGGAGACAUCAAUCGUGUGCGCGAUCUUUUACAGUCUGUUGUCAAGACGAAUCCUAACAAUGCGCUCGGUUGGAUUGCCGCCGCACGACUAGAAGAGUUGGCCGGCAAGAUUGUCGCCGCCAGGAAGACCAUCGCGAAGGGAUGCGAGCGGUGUCCCAAGAGCGAAGACGCGUGGCUGGAGAACAUCCGGCUCAAUCACGACUCUCACAACGCCAAGGUGAUUGCGAAACAGGCCAUCGAAGCAAACGACCGCUCUGUCAGGCUCUGGGUGGAGGCGAUGAGGCUGGAACACAUUCCAAGCAACAAGAAGCGUGUUAUCCGCCAAGCCCUCGACCACAUUCCUGAGUCUGAAGCCCUGUGGAAGGAAGCCGUGAACCUCGAGAAUGAUCCAAACGAUGCCAAGUUGCUUCUUGCCAAGGCGACCGAGCUCAUCCCAUUGUCUGUCGAUCUCUGGCUUGCCUUGGCUCGCCUCGAGACUCCUGAAAAUGCACAAAAGGUUCUCAACAGAGCUCGUAAAGCAGUCCCAACAUCCUUUGAAAUUUGGAUUGCGGCAGCCAGACUACAAGAACAGCUUGGCCAAGGCCAGAAGGUCAACGUGAUGAAACGUGCAGUUCAAGUCCUGGCAAAGGAGUCUGCCAUGCCCAAGCGAGAAGAAUGGAUCGCCGAGGCCGAGAAGUGCGAAGAGGAAGGGGCUAUUACCACUUGCGAGAACAUUAUUCGCGAGACUCUGGGAUGGGGCUUGGACGAGGAUGAUGACCGCAAGGACACCUGGAUGGAGGACGCUCGGGGUAGCAUCAACCGAGGCAGAUACGAAACCGCAAGGGCAAUCUACGCCUAUGCGCUGCGAGUGUUCGUCAAUAGCAAGACGCUAUGGACAGCCGCAGCAGAUCUAGAAAGGAAUCACGGCAAGCGGGAAUCACUAUGGCAAGUCCUUGAGAAGGCGGUGGAAGCAUGCCCCAAGAAUGAGGAGUUGUGGAUGCUACUGGCCAAGGAGAAGUGGCAAGCUGGCGAGGUGGAUGGGGCCCGGCUGGUUCUGAAGCGGGCUUUUAACCAGAACCCGAACAACGAGGACAUCUGGCUGGCAGCAGUUAAACUGGAGUCGGAGAGCGACAACGAGGAACAAGCUCGCAAGCUGCUGGAAGUCGCGCGUGAGCAGGCACCCACUGAUCGCGUCUGGAUGAAGAGCGUCGUAUUCGAGCGAGUCUUGGGCAACUCCGAGACGGCUCUCGACCUGACUCUCCAGGCACUGCAGCUCUUCCCCGCUGCCCCAAAGCUCUGGAUGCUCAAGGGGCAGAUCUACGAAGACCUCGGCAAGGUCGGCCAGGCGAGAGAGGCAUACGGCACCGGAGUCAAGGCAGUCCCUGCUUCGGUCCCUCUCUGGCUGCUGUACUCACGACUGGAGGAGAAGUCGGGCAUGGUCGUCAAAGCACGCUCCGUCCUCGACCGAGCCCGACUCGCAGUACCGAAGAGCACGGAGCUCUGGUGCGAGUCCAUCCGCCUGGAGCAGCGCGCAGGCAACACCACCCAGGCGAAGACGAUGAUGGCCAAGGCGCAGCAGCUGUUCCCCAAGAGCGGGCUCCUCUGGGCCGAGAGGAUCACCAACAUGGAACCCCGGACCCAGCGGCGGCCGCGCAGCCUCGAGGCCCUCAAGGCCGUCGACAAUGACCCCAUCCUGCUGGUUGCCGUUUCGCGCAUGUUCUGGGCCGACCGCAAGCUGGAGAAGGCGCAGAACUGGUUCGAGCGCGCCCUCGUCCUGGACAGCGACCAGGGCGACACCUGGGCGUGGUACUACCGCUUCCUGUGCCAGCACGGGACCACGGAGAAGAAGGAGGAGGUCGUCACCAAGUGCGUGCUCAACGAGCCCCGGCACGGCGAGAUCUGGCAGUCCGUGGCCAAGGAUCCCCGGAACGCGAGGAAGGGGACUGAGGAGAUUCUUAAACUGGUUGCCGCAGGGCUGGAGUCAUGA